AUGGCUAGGAAGAGAAAGGCUGGAGAGGCAGUGGAAGACAAAAGUUCUAGUGAGGAAACCAUGGCUUGGGAUCACAUGGUGAAGGAAGCUGCGGCAUCAGCGGCUCUAGGCGGGCCAGUAAGAGCCCGAAAGCGAUUUGUUGGUGUCCGGCAAAGGCCGUCCGGUCGAUGGGUGGCUGAGAUUAAGGACACCAUACAAAAGAUAAGAGUGUGGUUAGGCACUUUUGAUACAGCAGAGGAGGCAGCCAGAGCCUAUGAUGAGGCUGCUUGCUUGCUUCGUGGUGCCAACACUCGGACAAACUUCUGGCCUUGUUCCUCAUCUUCAUCUUCAUCCCCAGCUCUUCCCUCAAAGAUCACUAACCUCCUUCUCCAAAGGCUCAAAGCAAGAAACAGCACUUGUACUGCUUCAUCCAAUUCUUCCUUGCCCAUUGGCCAGCAAGAAAAGCUACAAGCAGAACUAUACAGAGAAGAAGUAACAGAUUUCUCAGGUACCUCAUUCACAGAUUACCUUAACGACUCUGAAGAUUACACCAACUGCAACAACAUUGUACCUAGUACUAGUGCAACUGCUAGUUAUGAGUAUAUGACCACAAAUUUUGAAUCCUUUUUGACUGAAAAAGAAGACUCUGGAGGCAGAGAAAUCGACUUCGACUAUAACUGGAGUACUAGUGUAGCACAAACUUGUAGUGGAGAUGGUAAUUUUGGAGGGCAAGGAGAAGAAGAUGGAGAAGAAGCAGGCACUGAUAUUGGAACUCAGGAUUUCCAAUUUUUGGAUGCUGUUGGAACCUGUUUCUAUUCACCCUUUGAGAUUGCUGAAGAGAUUGAGGAGCCGGUGGAGCCAGAGAACUACACUGAUGAGCCAUCAAUGCUUAGAGCAGCCAUGAAGAGGAUGAAAUAUGAAAGGAAGUUCUCAGCUUCUCUCUAUGCCUUCAAUGGAAUACCCGAGUGCUUAAAGCGGCAGCUCAUAUCCGGAAAUGUGAAAGGAAGGGGAAUGUCUGACCAAUUAAGUAAUCUACAAAAGGCAUGUAACAACAGCAAAGCAGAGAAGAAUGCAGAAGAAGAAUAUGUGGAAAUGAUGAGAGAAAGGGAGGAGGGAAACCAGCAAAGUUCAGUUCAAAUGGGGUCUUCUUCCUCUUCUUCAAGCAACGAUGGUGAAUUGUCACUUUGGAGCUCAUUGGAUCUUCCACCCAUCUGCUUUGUUAACUAA